ACUACGAAACAGUCCUUUCGUGUUUCCUGCGAGGGACAGUUCACAGUCUCAGCUGAAACAGACCCAGCCGCUAAAUCAGAGAAACAGGAAAAAAAAAGAAGAGAUAAAUAUAUAUAUAUAUAGAGAGGGAACAUUACCGGGGAGUUAAUAUGUCGGCAAAUAAAGACAGCGACGGCGGGUGGAGGAGUUUUGUGUGGAAUUCAGAGAAGAAGGAGAUUCUAGGACGAACAGGAGGCAGUUGGUUUAAAAUCUUCUUGUUCUACGUGAUAUUCUAUGGAUGCUUGGCUGGGAUUUUCAUCGGGACCAUUCAGGCAAUGCUGCUGACGUUAAGUGACUAUAAACCCACCUAUCAGGACAGAGUGGCUCCACCAGGUCUAUCACACACUCCCCGCUCAGAGAAGUCUGAAAUUUCUUUCAAAAUGUCUGACUCUGCAUCAUAUGAGAAGUACACCGAAAGCAUGAAGAAGUUCCUUGCUAAAUAUGACAUCGGCAACCAGACUGGUGACACUUUUGAGGACUGUGGAGAUUCUCCUCAGCCGUACAAGGAUCGCGGCUCUUUGGAAACUGAUAAAGAAAAGAGGAAAGCUUGUCGCUUUGAUAGAAAAUGGCUCGGGAGCUGCUCAGGGUUGUCUGAUGACACUUUCGGCUUCAAGGAAGGGAAGCCAUGUAUCAUUGUCAAGCUCAACAGGAUCGUCAACUUCAAACCAAGGCCUCCUACAAACACGUCACUCCCAGAAGGUCUGCAAUCAAAACCACUCACCAACCUGAUCCCUAUUUUCUGCAAAAACAAGAGAGAAGAGGAUGAAGGCAAGCUUGGAGAGAUCAAGUACUAUGGUAUCAAUCAAAUCCACCAAGGCUUCCCCCUCCAGUACUACCCGUACUACGGCAAACUGCUGCACCCCCAGUACCUGCAGCCUCUGGUGGCCAUUCAGUUCCACAACAUCACCUUAGAGGAGGAGAUCCGCAUCGAGUGCAAAGUAUACGGAGCAAACAUCGACUACAGUGAGAAAGACCGCUAUCAAGGACGUUUUGACAUUAAGUUCACAAUAAAGUCGUGACCUCAGCCAUGAUGAGCACUCUCAUUUUGAUAACACACAAAAUGUAGAGAGAUUACAAGAGUUCAGAUAAAACACCACUAGUCUUUGAACAUUCAUAUUAUACAGGACCUACACUUAAUCCGUGUGCUUUACACUAGCUUUUCUGUGUUUGUCAAGGGUUAGAAUGUAAAAUACAAGAGUAGCAAUAGCAAAUAUUUAUUCUACUGUAAAUGAAAAUAUUCCUUGAGCCAUGGGAUGUGUUCAUCUAUUACUGUAAAACUUCAAUUCCUCUACUGGUGUGUAGCGAGUUGUGUUUCUGUCCCCAACGUAUUUCAUCCUCACGUGGUUUCUAUAGAUUAUUGGUGUGUCCAGUGCUGUAGUCCAGUCCUGUUGUAAUCUCUUUUGUCUUAUGUCAGCUUUAGUGGUCCAAGGUGUGUGCGUGUCUGUGUGCAGGCGUGUUUAUGUGAGUGUGUGGAGUGUGUCAAUGUGCUCUGACUAACUGAAAUACUAGCAUGGUACUCUGAACCUUUAAGGCCCAUGUUUGAGUAAAUGACUGUGCUCCAUGGACUCUUUCUUUGUGUGUGUUUCUUUAUCCAAGUUGUUCAAGUUGGCUGUGGAAGGAUACAUUUGUACACAAUUUGUUCACCUUAGCUGUUAGAUAUGAUUUGAUGACAUUUCUGUUUGAUACUCCUACAUCGGUUCAUUCUUAGUUCAUAGUGUAGAGCUUUGUGGGUCCAGCCUAGAAGACUGUCACCUCCACGUAAACAGUGGCAACUCAGUGCUUUGAAAUCUGUUUUGCUGGAGACAUCACGUGACGUGAUGCAACUUACUAUUGAAUGUUUUUGCCAUUUUCAUGGUGGAAGAAUUUUAUAUUUAUGCAGUUGUACAUUUUUUUUCAAAGCGUAAUGUAUGAAUCCAAUACCAAAGUGGCUGGUCAAAAAGUUAAAGAAUAUCAGAGGCAAUGCAGUAUCCCAUGUAAUAAGAUGUUUAGUUGGUGUGAAAAUACUUAAUUCAAUGUUGAAGAUCAAAACACUUGUCAGGAGUCUGCUCUUGUCACUUUAUUUAAUCUGCAAAAGGCUGAAACAAUAAACAGAAAAAUGAGACAACUGUCAA